GCAUCUAUAAUAUUUCUACACCGUGACUGUACGCGCCAUUGGUGGGGUAACAGAUCACAGACAUUUAUAUAUAUAUAUAUAUAUAUACUAAGCAAACAUAGAUAUAUGAUAUGUAAUAUAAUGCGUCAAAUACAUAUCCAAAAUCUGUAUAAUAAAUCAAAGAAUAUAGACGUCUAUUUUCUUUGAUAAGUAUAUCAAACAUUUAAUUUAUAUCGCUUAUGUUGGUAACCGUUCCGCUAUGCGAUAACGAUAUAUCUAUAUAUAUGUGUGUGUGUAUGUAUACGUUUGGCGCAUGUCAAAUCGCGCGUGUCUGCCGCUCCAUCGGCUCGUCUCUGUCGAGAAAAAUAUUUUUUGCAGUUCUGAAAUGUGAAAUCGGCGAAUUGUUCGUGGAAAGAAGUAUCUGGGACUCGGAAGUACCGUGGCGUUGUUUUCAAUCGAAGGCGAAAUAAGGAUGGCGGAAUCGAACGGGCCGAUUCUUCAUGUCAUCGUCGUCGGGUUUCAUCACAAAAAAGGCUGUCAGGUAGAAUACUCGUUUCCACCUUUGGUACCUGGUGCGCCUAACGAAUGUCCCUUAGGAUGGAAGUACCUGCCUACGCUUGCCCUGCCCGAUGGUUCUCACAACUACGACGAGGACACAGUCUAUUUCCAUUUACCUAGUCUUAAUGAUCCAAAACGUACGAUAUAUGGCAUUUCGUGUUUUCGACAAAUACCUGUAGAGAAAUUAAAAAAUCGUACUUCAGAUAUAACAAGAGGCACUGUUCAAAAAUCAGUAUGCGUGCUGAGUACUUUACCUUUGUAUGGGCACAUUCAAGUAAAAAUGGCUCUAAUAACACAUGCAUAUUUUGAUGAAGGAGAUUUUAGUAAAGUGUCCUUAUUAGAGGAUACUUAUCAUCAUCUUAAUUCAUGUAUGAGUAGCGACAGUCAGAUUCCGCCACAAAUUUUUGUCGGUUUGUCUGCAAGAGAUUUUAUACUGCAAUUUCGUCAUAAAGUAUUGCUCUUAUUUAAAUUACUCUUGCUUGAGAAAAGGAUAGUUUUUUAUCAAUCACCUGUACAGCCAUUGUGCGCUACUAUAUUGACUCUAUUGUCAUUGUAUCCUGGUAUGAUCGAGCAUGGUCUUCAACAAGCAGCAUGUGUCAGACCAUCUAGGCCAAUGUCUCCAAUCCCAACUUUUGACGAAGAAGAAAUCUCGAUGAACAAUGUCGAUUCCAAUUUGUCAUCCAGCUGUAUUGUUAAAGAUAAUAUAUCUAAGGCAAAUCAUGAGCAGUGUAAUGAUAAUAGUAAUAGAAACUCCUUGUGCAUCAACGAUAACAAGACUAUCGAGUCCAUGGAGGGCAAGUGCUUGGAUGGACUGCAACAUGCAACUCUGCAGAAAAAUAACAAUGACAAUGAAAAUAUUAAUAUGAAAGUCAUCGAGAUUGAGUCGGCGCAAGAAUGCACGGAAUAUCUGGAGGAAAGCAACUCCAAAUAUUCGCCACAAUCGAACGAAAACGUACAUAGAGUGCAUAGUGUAAACGCAAUCACGCUGAAUACGGGCGAUACGGAUAAUAGUUUACCGCGCGAUACGAGUAACGAUGCGCUCUCCGAUGCGAGAUUGACGAAUAACAUUACACAAAUCGCGCAUAUUAAUCCUGAAUUGUGCGGCCUACCUUUGGAGUUAUUUACAAAGGGAUACCUCUGCUUGCCCUAUCUCUCUUUACCCUAUUUGGAUCUCUUGGGAGAUGUGAAUGUUAGAGGAUAUAUAGUGGGUGCUACAAAUGUGUUGUUUAAACAAAAGAAACAGCUUAUUGACGUGCUAGUUGAAGUUGAAAAUACGCGGAUAGAGGCAACCGAUCCCGAACUGAGACGACAGUUGCAUCUUACUACAGAGGACUUAAGAUUCGCAGAUUAUGUUGUGAGGCACGUGGCCGAACCUCGGAAGGAUAUCUUUCUGGAUGGAGUAGGAUGGGAGGGUGGCGACGAGUGGAUCAGAACGCAGUUUCGAGUGUACCUGUUGAGUAUGCUGCGUACCUGUAUGCAGCAGGACACCCGUCAGUCGGAUCAUUAUAACGCAGCAUUUGUAUCCGCGUGGCGUGCGACGAACAACUAUAAAGCGUGGUGCAACGCAAGUAAAUCGGAGAUACUUAAUAUCGAGCCUGGUCAUCCAUUUGCUGGUCAGCUGUCAGUGCAAGAUAUGAAAUUACGCUUGUCACAUACGAUGCAAAAUACAGAAAGUGGAAGAAAGUUGAAUCAAGCAAUGGCAUCGACUGGACGUGCAGUGGCGACUACCGGAAAAGCCGUAGGGGGAGCGCUAUCGCAAGCAAAAGGGGCAUUCUCGAACUGGUGGAGCACGCUAACGACAGUUCAGCCGGUCGAUGAAGCAAAGAUCGACAAUCAAACGGCAAACAACCAUCACACAGUGCCCAACACCACGGACAAAGAGUCUAUCGAAGACGAAGAAAUGAAUGUCUCCGCCAAUGUCUCUACUAAUAACACGGAUAUUGCCGUAGAUUUUGAUUAAUAUAAAAUAUAUAUUGACAAGAACCACACACAUAAACGAAAUUAAAAAUGUAUAGGGCAUCCGUGAAAAGCAUAAUUCAUAACGUAAAGAUACGUAAAACUGAAACUAAGAGUUUCUUGCAAGACCUACCUAGGAUAUGCUUGUUAAAUGAUUGGAUUUUUAAAGGAUCUCAGUUUUAGCGAGAAGUAAGAGAGACUAAAAACCGUAUAUGUACAACAGACUUUAUUAAUGUGAUAUGCAACUUUAUGGGGAGAGAUUCUUUAGAUCUAUAAGCUGCUGUGUGGGCAAAUAUUAAAGCAAAUUACAAGCUGAAAUAUCUUGCUCGAGUAGUAAAGUUUUGUAAUUUUUUUUUCUCGAUACUUUUAUAUAAUUUCCAUAUGAUUUAUAUGUCUAUAAAAUAUGUGAUAUAGUUUUAUUGCACAAACGAUACAAUCGUUAUAAUAGUUUUCAACAUUGCAUAAUUAAGCAAUGCUAUAUAAAUCUCUUAAUUAAUUGUAAUUCUUUAAACUGGUAAUGAAGAAAGCAUUUUUUUUUACAGAAUGUAUCGAUCAUGAAUCUUGCCCGCUCUCGACAAGAGCAAUCGUGUAUUUGGAAAUAUUAUCGUUUGGCGUUUAUACAUAUAGAAAUACUCUCGCUUAAGAAGUACCUGUAUUCUUUGUACAUAGAAAAUAGCGUUAUACUUAUGUGUACAUCUCGAUUAUUAUUGUAGUGAUUUUUUCCACGGUUUGCAUAUUAUUUUAAACUGUGUUAUUUAGUUUAUUACUCAGAUAAGAGGAGUAUAAUAAUAAUCUCCAGGAAAAGUAUAAAGAAACACUAGGAAGAAAUGUUUGGCACAUAUAUUUGACAUGCCAAAUCACAGAUUGUCGAUCAUAACAAAUCAUUUCCAUUUACAGGGUUUCAAUAUUUUGUAUUGUCGCGAAUAAUGUGGAUUAUAUAUACGUAGAAGGUAUGGAAAGUUUGGAACUAGAACACAAGCAGUAUCCGACAUAAACGUAAACAUUGUACAUUGUUUCAUAAUUCAUUUCACUAGGGCUAAUCCUGUUAUUGACAAUAUUGCUACCUCCAUUUAUUGUCGAGAUUAUUACACCGUACGUAUUAGUUUCGUGUACGACAUGACGAUAUCUACGAUUCGAUAGAUUCAAACCGGAUGGAUAGUUGUUAAAAUUGAAUCUGUAUCCUCUGUAUUCAUCGGAAUAAAUUGUUAACUUUACGAA